GAAAUCAAAAUUCAUAUUCCUUUCUCAAACGCUUUGUAUGUCUUUCGCAUUCUUUUUUCUGUUGAACAUCACAAUAAAUUCAAUUUAAGGUCAAUUAAAUUGGAGUGAAAUGAGUUGAAUUCAAAUUUUUACUGAGGAUUAUUAUCAAAAAUUAACCCAGUACCUCAGCAUCACAGCGCUAUUAUUUCGUUUAUUUAACUAAUGAGUUCUAAUUCAUAAAUCUGCAUUUGUCGUAUUUGUAUGCGAAAUAAUUUCAAACAUGCCCAUAUACUAAUUUAAUGUGUAGAGCUGUGUGAACUCAAUUGCUCUACCAAACUUAUUGCAGAUUACAAAGAAAGAGAAACAUUAUUUCUUCUUCUUAAUUUUUGUUCAUUUAAUUAAUGUAAGAGCUAUAAUUUAUUUAUAUUUUUGUUCGAUAAGUACAUCUGCACUGUAGUUGCAUUUCAAAGUCUUUACAUAACGAUUGAUGAAAUACAGAAAAAUUAUUGCAAGCUUUUUAGUAAAAGAAAGAUAAUUCAAUUGUUGCGAGUGCAGCGAAAGAGGCAAAACUGACACAAUGUGUAUUCUUCUUAAUUGAAUUAAGAAACUAAAUCAAAUAUUUGCAGAUUGUUCGCAAACAGUGUUCAUAUCCGAGAGACUUUUUCUCCUUUUGAAAACAACCAUCAUAAUAUACACUCGGUCUUACUAAAUAAAAGACAAUUUAUUAACUACUCUCUGUGUAAAUUAUCACUCAAGUGUGAUUUGAAAUAAGACUCUUGGUAGAGAGAUUUGCUAAAUUUGUACCCUAUGGUGUGAAAAAUGUGCCAAUGAGCCAUUAACAAUUAUCAUCAAGCAUUGAUUUCGUAUCAAAUUUUCUAUUGAUACGAAAGCAUUGAUUUCGUAUCAAAAUUUCUAGUUGCACAAUAUUUCUAAAUGGAUAUCUAAAUUUGGGGAAAAGUGGAAAAGGAAAUGAUAAGAUUGGACAAUCAUUGGACUCCAUUAUCACAAUAUGCUUGAGGAAGAACCAAUAUCAAUACUAAGAAUUGCUUUCAGUUGACCUUUUUUGCGACUCGAAGGCACUCUUCUAAGCUCUAAUAAACUGUGCAAAAUGUUAAGGAUUUUGGUAAUUUUCGCGAUUCUUAUGGGAAUUUCUUAUGCAGAAAAUUGUCCAGAAGAAAAAAAUGUGGUCGUUUGCUAUUACUCCAGCUGGGCAGUGUACAGAAGAGCCCCAGCUACUUUUCGUAUAAACUACAUUGAUCCCAAGUACUGCACUCAUCUUGUAUAUACAUUUGCCGGAUUGAAUUUGGAUGGAAUUAUGGAUACUCUGGAUUAUACCAAUGAUAUCACCAAUGGUGGCUACCGAGAUUUCACAGGAAUCAAAGAAAAGUAUCCGUGUGUGAAGACUCUUUUGGCCAUUGGUGGCUGGAAUGAGGGAUCUGAAAAAUAUUCUCUCAUGGUGGAAACUGAAGAGUCUAGGGAGUACUUUGUGAGUCGUGUAAUGCGAUAUCUUGUGCAAUUUGGUUUUGACGGUCUAGAUAUUGAUUGGGAAUAUCCAGGACAUCGUGGUGGAAUUCCAGAAGAUAAGGAAAAUUUCACAAAGUUGCUGGAAAUGCUAAAGGAGCGAUUGAAGCCACGGAAUCGACUUCUUACAGCUGCAUUGGCUGCUCCAGUUGGAAUUAUUAAAGAUGCUUAUGAUGUUCAGGAAGUGUGUAAAUACCUAGAUCUAGUUAUGAUAAUGGGAUACGAUAUGAACGAGACUAACAAGACAAGUACCCAUGCACCGCUAAAGCGAGAAUCUUCAGAAUCAAAUACAAGAUCUACAGUUGAUGAUGCAGUUCAGUUCUACAGUAGUAAUGGAUGUGACAGGAAACAACUUGUAAUUGGCAUUCCUGCAUACGGAAAGUCUUAUACUUUGGCAGAUAAAACAAGACAUGGCAUUGGAAACAAUGUUCUGGGGCCAGGGAAGGCAGGGCCAUACCUUAUGGAGCCAGGAUUUCUAGGCUACAAUGAAAUCUGUGAAUCACUUACCCAGGCACAAUGGACAACGGUGCAUCUCAAGAACAAUGCCAUGAAGUAUUCCUACAAUGACGAUCAAUGGGUGAGCUACGAUGACGCUGAAACUGUAGCGGUCAAGUCACGAUACGCAAAGACAGAAGGAUUGGCCGGUGUGAUGAUUUGGACAAUAGACACAGAUGAUUUCCACGGAGAUUGCAACAAACAGGCUUUUCCGCUACUUCUGGCAGUCAAUAAAGCUCUUGGACGUCUCUAAAACUUCUAUAUACUUAUCAAGCGAAAUGACUUGUUGACUUUAUGGAUUUUAUAAAAAUUAUAAUUAUAAAAAAAUAAAAUCACAAAUGGAUUUAUCAAUGAAGAUCAUACACAUGAUGC